GAAAGAUUGGUAUAUAAGCAAGUGAUCCUAAAUCCAAUGCUUCAGCAACAAAGUGAGACUUUUAGAGAGAGAAAGAAAGAAAGAGAAAGGGGGAGCAAUGGGGGACUCGAGCGACUCCGUUUCUGUUGAUAUGGAAACAUUCUCCGUCGCCGGAAAGGAAAUUGCUUUUUCUGGAAGCAAUAUGAUUACUGGAUUUGUUUUGAGUUGGAGGGUCUUAAUGUUUUCUCCAGUGAAACAUUUUUUAUUGUUGAUAAAAGGCUCAUUUUAGGCCAUGGAGCUCAUUUAAAGAAGCAAAACGGUUCAUGCUAACUUGUUUCUAUUACAAAUGAAUUUACAGUCAAACUUUCUCUUUUGGAUUUCAUCAUUCUUGAUCAUUCUUGAUCUUGUUAUUAAAAAAGUUCAGCACAGUGCACUAAAGCUCCCGCGAUGUGCGGGAUCCGGGGAAUGGCUGGAGUACAAGGGUCUAUUGUAUGCAACCUAACCUUGCAUUUCUUCUAGAUGCUAUUUCCACGGAGCACCUUGUAAAAACUGGCCGUGGUUCUGUCUCUGUUGUUGUUUUUGGGGACCAGGACAAGCCGGCUCUUAUCACCUAUCCUGAUUUAGCUUUAAAUUAUAUGUCCUGUUUCCAAGGAGUAUUCUUUUGUCCAGAAGCAUUUUCAUUGCUGCUCCAUAACUUCUGUAUUUACCAUAUAAGUCCUCCUGGUCAUGAGUUGGGAGCUGCUGUCAUGAGUCUUGAUGAUCCUAUCUUAUCGGUUGAUGAUUUAGCAGACCAGAUUGCUGAGGUGCUUGAUUACUUCAGGCUUGGUAAAGUAAUGUGUAUGGGAGUAACAGCUGGAGCAUAUAUUCUUACUUUGUUUGCCCUAAAAUACACACAAAGGGUUAUGGGUUUGAUACUUGUUUCCCCCUUGUGCAAAGCACCUUCUUGGACAGAAUGGUUGUGUAAUAAGGUGAUGACAAAUCUGCUUUACAUUUGUGGCAUGUGUAGUUUGGUGAAGGAGUUACUGCUGUUGCGGUACUUUAGCAAGCAGGAAGUCCAUGGCAGUGUUGAAGUUCCAGAAUCAGAUGUAGUUCAAUCAUGCCGAAGAUUGCUAGGUGAGCGACAGAGUUCAAAUGUAUUGCGGUUGCUUGAAGCUAUCAAUGAGAGACCAGACAUAACAAAAGGCUUGCGGAAACUACAAUGUCGGUCUUUAAUAUUUGUUGGUGAAAACUCUCCUUUCCAUUCUGAGGCUCUCCAUAUGACAUCGAAGCUAGAUAGAAGGUUCAGCGCCCUAGUUGAGGUUCAAGCAUGUGGUUCAAUGGUGACUGAAGAGCAGCCAGAUGCAAUGUUGAUCCCACUGGAAUACUUUCUAAUGGGAUUUGGGUUUUAUCGGCCGUCUCAGUGCAAUGUCAGCCCAAGAAGCCCCUUAAGUCCGACCAGUAUCUCUCCAGAGCUUUUCUCGCCAGAAAGUAUGGGGUUGAAGUUAAAACCGAUUAAAACUAGAUUUUCUGGAGAAGUAUGAGUCAAUUCCAAGAGGAUGGGCUCGAAGUUGAACAAGUUUUUGUAAAAUUUGUAAGCAUGCGUUGAAGAUCCGCUUCGAUUGAAGACAGUUAGGAAUGUGAAGUUACAGAAGUGUUGUAGAUACGAGUUGGAAAUAGAAAGUGGAAGAAAAACAAUAGGAACGAAGAUUUUUUUUUUCUUUUGCGUUGUGUAGUUGCAAUUGUUAGUAAGUUCAGAAGUUUUGAAUCCAUCUGUACAAUCAAUCCUGCACAAUAAUAAUUUAUGUUGAUGAUGAAAGGAAUAAGAAUAAUAAAAAGCCACGUGCCAGCUUUUUCUUUCUCA